UUGAAAAUGGUAAAGUUCCUCACUUCACUUUUCUAUGUUGUCCUCUUCGUUGCUAUUGCAUCAGAUGAGAGAAUUGUUCCAAUGGUAUAUGGAAAGGUAUGCGUAGUUGAUAUUGGUUUUAACAUUUGCAGCACUCUUAAUGAUCGAUGUAAGAAGCUAUGCAUUCAAGCAACUUUCUCGUAUGUUCACGUAGCAACGUGUCAAAUACGAAGCGAUGGUUCUACAUUUUGCGAAUGUGCAUAUGAUUGCGACGAUGACAAACACAUACAUCAAGAAAAGAUGAAGAUGUCAUCACCUGCACCUGCACCUGCACCUGCACCUUAUUGAUGUUUCGAUUUGGAUU